CAAGUGUGAGGCUCGCAGUCCAGUGCUAAUAUCGCGUUAUCUAAUGAUGAUUGGUGUGUAACAUCGGCGCGGUGCGUCGUUAUGUAGGCGGCGAAGUGGCAGCACGUGAAUGGACGGGCGCAGGAUCGAUAGAGCUGAGUGCGCAGGCUCGCUCCGCGGGUACACAGCUGGCGGCUUCGCACCCGCUACCGACUCGCUCAACCUGUGCCUCAGUGUCCACACUGAGGGGGCAAAGUGUAUCAGCUGUAUCUCGAACAUGUUCCAGUGUUAUCGGCGGCUCUAAACGAUGUAAUGUGCCGCCUGUCCAUACGACAGGCUUUUUGGGCGCUGGCGCUGCUCUGCACGCUGGCGCCCUCGCACGCCGAUGGAAACAUAGGUUGCUUAUUCAGCGCAUCAUUAUGCGUGGAGGGUGCGGAAUGGUGCUACGACGAUUUCGCCUUCGGUAAAUGUAUACCGGUCUACGAGAAGGAGGUUGAAGAGGGAUCGCUCUAUCAGUAUGAUAUGAGCUCGGAACAGCUGCAGUGGUUCGAGGGUGAGCUGCAGCGCCUGGCCUCGCGCGGCUACCGCUGGGAGCAUGCUUACACGCAGUGCGUGCUGCAGGCCAUGCUCUACACACUGCGACAGGAACUCGAUCCAGCCACUGUCAAUACAAAAAUAUGCGACCAUUUCGCUGAUCCCAAACUAAGUUCUGACACUAAUGACAACCCCGAAGAAAAUACUGAAGAAAUUGACCCGGAUGAGACGGCGUAUGUACGCUUCACACCUAACUCGGCGAUAUCAGACUCAAACUUCGCUAAUGAAGUUUAUAAUCCGCCAUUGACCCCCGAUGAUGACCCGACUCCAUACAUAUCUAAAGAUGACGACCAAUCCGAAGGCGAAACGGCGAGCGACAAAUUACGUGAUCUAAUGCUACUGGGUGGUAACGAGGAAUCCCCUAUUAUUCUGCCGUUUUCUGGAUUCAGAGAGCGAAUCUUAGCUGAAAAGCAAGCAAAAGCUAGCGACAACGUAAACCCUGUGCCUAGGGUGAUAAUCGACAAAGCGAAAAAAUCGUUGCCCGACAUACUUGGCGAAAAUGAACCCAACAUGGCAUUUGCUGAUGAAGAAAGAGUCGGAGCUCAUUUCCGCAAGUACAAGACUAAAGCGCCACCUUUCACUGCUGAGUAUAUCACGAGCAACCGAUUUUCGCCCCUAGACGAGGAGAUUCGUUCCAAUGCGUGGAAGAAUUAUAAACAAAGUUUCGCUGAGAAACACUUCCCCUUUGAAUACGAGAAUCCUGGAGAAUUGCCUGAGCCAAGAGUCUACAUUGAUGAAGACGGAAUCGAUGAAUUCCCCAUUGAUGCUGGUAGCGGAGAACUGGACCCUUAUCAUAUCAAAGAAAAUUCGCCGCCUCUAGAUGCUAAACAUUCAAAACAAAUGCAACAAUAUUUCAUGAAUUACUGGCGUGAUGUAUUUGAUUCUAAACAAAAGCCAGAAGGUGCCCUUUACGCCGAGGGAGGGCCGCUCCGAGCAGAGGAGUUGCAAGGUGAAAGUCCAAAAUUUAUUCCCGAGGAUAUUCAAGAUUUGCUUGAUAACGAAUGGGGCUUUAAGCGUAGGGAAAGAGACGAUGUUAAAAAGCCUGGGCCGCGCCUGGACGCAAAAACAUUAAAGAUAUUAUACCACAAUAAAUCAGUGACAGCUCAUGGAGCACAACCUGCUGAGAAGGAAGAAAAGCCUGGCGACCAUGAUCAUAACGACUUUGAUUACGAUCCCUCGUACGCUUAUGUCUUGUUCAAGAAUAGGUUCCUAACUGACUGGGAGAAAGGCAUCUCAUUUAUUUCAAGACUAGAAGAAAUGCUUGGUUUAGAGAAAAACACUUUUACAAAUCCUCGGGUUGAUACAAGUGAAGUAACAUUUAAAGUUGAGAAGAAUAAUAAAGGGUAUAAUGCGGUGGACGUUGCGCGCCACGUUGAUGAAAUAAAAGAUGAUUUGCGUCGUGAGACUGGCGCUCAAAUACUGUCAACUGGUAUCGGAGACCGAAGCAAACGUCCCGUGAGCCACCAUUUGGAUGCACCAGAACCCAUCUUAGGCUUGGACAUGCCAGUAUUGUCAGCUCUAAUUGGAAGCCUGCUGGUUCUCAUUGUUGGAGCCGUGGUGUUUGCUGUGCUGUUAAAGCGUGAUAUGAGUGCUAAGAGGAAGAUGAACGGAUUGUCUUCCGCAGCGGAGAUUGACGCUGAAGCAACACGGGAUUAUCAGGAGUUAUGCCGUGCUCGUAUGUCGGGCAAGUGGACAGGUCAGCAGACGGCGGCUGCUCCUCCUCACCCGACAGAACCACCGCAGCGAAUCACCUCGCUCUCCAAGGAACCCGAGGGCAACUCACCCUCCACUCGGUCUAGCACCUCGUCUUGGAGCGAGGAACCGGCGCUUACUAACAUGGACAUCUCGACAGGACACAUCGUUCUGGCUUAUAUGGAGGAUCACCUGCGUAACAAGGAUCGUCUGGAGCAAGAAUGGCGUGCCCUAUGUGCUUAUGAGGCAGAACCCUGUGCUACCACCGCUGCCCUGAAACCAGAGAACACUGGAAAGAACCGCUACGCUGAUGUGCUACCCUACGAUCAUUCCAGGGUUACUUUGAACACGCUUUCGAACCACCUCGGCUCUGACUACAUUAAUGCUUCUACUAUUACGGAUCAUGAUCCUCGCAACCCGGCCUACAUCGCAGCGGCUGGCCCGAUGGCCCACACGGCUCCUGACUUCUGGCAGAUGGUAUGGGAACAAGGCAGCGUCGUGAUGGUUAUGCUCACACGACUUACUGAGAACGGACAACAACUCUGCCACCGCUACUGGCCUGAAGAAGGAUCUGAACUUUAUCAUAUAUAUGAGGUGCACCUGGUGAGCGAGCACAUAUGGUGUGAUGAUUACUUGGUACGAAGCUUUUAUUUGAAGAACCAGCGCACUGGCGAAACCCGCACUGUUACACAGUUCCACUUCCUCUCCUGGCCUGAGAAUGGAGUCCCAUCAUCUACUAAAGCUCUUUUGGAGUUCAGGAGAAAGGUGAACAAGUCGUACAGAGGAAGAUCCUGUCCAAUCGUGGUCCAUUGCAGUGACGGCGCGGGUCGUUCAGGCACAUACUGCCUCAUCGACAUGGUACUGAACCGCAUGGCUAAGGGCGCUAAGGAGAUCGACAUCGCGGCUACUCUGGAGCACAUCCGCGACCAGCGCACGCGCACUGUCGCUACCAAGCAACAGUUCGAGUUCGUACUAAUGGCCGUCGCUGAAGAGGUCCACGCAAUCCUGAAGGCUUUACCGGCACAUCUGCAGCAGCUGCAAGAGAAGAAAGAUAAGGAAAAAGAAAAAGACAAAGAUGGCAGCGACAAAGAUAAGGAGAAGCCUAACUAACCCGCGCACCCGACACGAACAAAUGAACACGUUACGUUACUUAUUUAACAUAUUAUUAAGUAUUCUAUCAUUGUGGAAUUGAUGUAUUUCUAUCAACUCCGAGUUGAGAAUUUCGCAAGGCAAAACGAAAUUUUGAACUAUACAUUACACAAUACCAUUGAAAUUCUUCAUUCAGAAUAACUUGGUUGCUAUAUUAAACCCCAAACAAAGUCCAGGACUGCAUCAUCUAUUGUUUUCCAACAAUUUGAAAUUCUUAACUUCGGAUUGUCUACGCUUGAUGGCGAUAUUUAACAGCGCAAUGUAAAAAAAAACUUCGGCAAGGAUCAAACUGACUGUGUCUACUUGAGGCGUGCCGCUAACUAUAGCAUUUAUUUUUUAAAAACGUUUUUAAUAUUUUCAUAAGGUAACACACGAGCCUACUUAUUAUAUUAAGAAUUUAAAGAACACAAACUAUUAAGUUUAUUUAUUGUUAGCUUUUUAUUGGAGCGUUGGAGACAUGGUCAAUUGUUAGAGUAUCAAUACUAGUGGGUCUCAACUGUGUUGCGAAUAUUUUAUUUAUUCUUUGUUUAGUUAAUUAUGUUGCAUAUUAAAGUAGCUGUAACACCUAAUGUCAGCUGCUAUUGAUCUUCUAGCUACGACUUUAGUUUUACUUUCUGUUUUAUUGUCAAGCAUGAAAUGCGAUCCUGUGAAUUGCUCUAGUCAGUUACAAUCUUAAUCCCAAAAUUAUUCUUAGUCAGUUUAUAUUUAAUUAAUGUUUAUUUAACUUGUAUUUAGUUAUUCUAACAAUGGUCAGAUGCCAAAGAAUAUUAAAUCUGUAGCGUUAUUUUAAAUAAAUUUCGUUGAUGUAGUUAUAUUCAGAUAUUGUUAACAAUGUUACCUAUAAGUGGAUUGGCGCUGACCAUUGUUACAAUAAAUAUUUAUUGUAAUGGAUUGCUUUCUGUUUAGUCACUGUGUCUAAAAGUUUUAAGUAAUAUUGUAAGUACAUUGUUAUAUGUAUAGGUCUACAUUUUGCAACUUAUACUAGUACUUAUGACAACAAAGAUAAGAUCUAUCUUUCACAAUCAUAUCCUGAAUCAACGGAAUACCUGAAAUUAUAAUCAGAUUUAAAAAAUCAAAAUAAAGAUAUUUACAGAAUGUAGCAGAAACCAUAUUCAUACUACUACGUGUUAUGUACGAGAUUUAUAUAAGAAUAUAUUUAUUGCAUAUUAAGUGGAAAAUGUAAAAAAAAAAAAUAUAAAAAACCUACCCACGAAAUUAUGGAUGUAGUAUUAGAUUUAAGAGAAAAUAUAUUUAACCGUAUUUCUGUAUGAAAUUAUAUGUAGUUUUUAUGUGAAUGAUUGAAUAAUGGAUUUUGAUUAAAUUGUUUUAGGGAAUAAGAUAUAAGUAUCCUAAUUUCCCAAACAAAA